AUGGUAGAAUCAAAUUUGGACAUAACAUUAAGGUCCGCUCUCAGUGAGGUUCAAAAGGAGAAAAAUGUAGAGAGUUUAAAGUUUUUCUGCGGGCAGUUGGAGUCUUUUGAUAUGUUUUUCGAGUCAAAAGGUCUCCAAGAAAAGAAGUCCUUGAAAGCAUGGUGCAUUAAAGCCGGCCAAGUUUUGAAUAAUAUAAAAGGUCUGAAAAGAGAUCCAAACAUGCUUAGAAUCUAUCAAAUUGUGGCUAAACUCAGUGAAAAUAUGAGGGAAACAGGAAUUUAUGAUCAGUUGGAAGCCACUGGAUAUUUCACUGACUGUUUGAAGUUCCAUGUGCUAUGGGCUGAAAGUUGGGCUAAAGCUAAGAAUGUACAAAAGUUCCGUGAAGUUAUUGAACUUGCUCGCAAUCGGAUCAAAAACAUUCCUGUGUCUGAAGUUGAGGAUUCUUUCAGAGAUUUCGCACGUGUUUAUUUCCCCAAAGAGAGUCAUAUUUUUAUGACAGAUCAGCAUGAUGAAGACACAGCUCUCAUUUUCGCCACAAAGCAGAAGCCUAAUCGUCGUCGUUCUUCUGUCGCUUUCAUUCAACAAAAAGCUUUCGGUAAAAUGGAAGUUAAAGCACCUGAGUCAGUUUCCACUUUCCCAUCUGGAGGAAAAACCAAGAUUCGCAUGUGUUUCAUCGAUAGAGACGAUUAUGUUGGUGUUUCUCCCGAAGAAUUCCGAGAGGCUCUCAUGAAAGACCGAGUGGAUAUGGAUGAUGAUAUGGAUAUCACACAUUGUGUACCUAUUGAACCAUCUAUCUAUACCGUCUCCAGUGACAGUGCCACCUCCUCACAAACUAAGCUCAAUGAACGCAAAAAAGUCUUCGGAAUGAGCUGCGUCUCGGAAGAAAGUGAACCUAGUGUAUCUCAUGAAGAUAAACGACGCAGAAUGUACUCUCCUCAGAAAACUAAUAGUGCAUCAAUGAUGCAACGCACAUCAGAUACCAUAUCUUCGACCAGAUCCAGUGUACCAUCAUCUGUACAUAUUGCUACUCCCGCUCUUAAAGAACCUUCUCCUCCAAAGCCAGUUGAAACAUACGGAGAUAGAUCAUAUGUUGACAACUUCAGCAAAGCUGCUGCUUUGUUCUCUGAAACAGUCAACUUGGAUCGCCCUCCUUUGGAAGAUCAAACUAUGCCACUUGAGAAUGAUCACGUAGAGAAGUUCGAAGUGUAUAUUGAUGAAACGGUCCAUCCCAGUCAAUCUCAAAACUCUCCUACAUGUGACAAUAAUCGCGCUCCUCUCCAACCUGUUAUUCCUCCUCAGGACAUUAUGGAACAUAUCAAAGAAAGAAAGCCAAUUCCUUCCGUCUUCAAAAUCACAGAAGAAGAUUUGGAAGACUUGGAGAACUUUGAGAUCAGAAGACCUCCUGCUCCUGUGUUCGACGAUGAGAUCACUGUUGCCGGCUUCAGAAGUCAUGGGCUGGAAUCUGGCCAAGGUAUCGUAACAUCAACUCCUGCUCAUUUCAUGAACCGAGCUCCUACACACGAAGACUUCUUCUCUGUCAAAACCGAUGAUGAAAUGGAAGAUGAUGAAGAUGAAGAUAAUGAUGCCGGAGCUCUUGGUUUCAUGAAAAGAAGAAACUCUCUUGCCCCGAAAGCCGCUCUUAGCACUGUAACUGAAGUUCCAAAAACUAAGAUCCCAAUAGGAGUUCCAUCAAAUUCUAUGAAUAUGGCUUUGGAGAACUUGAACUUGAAGGGAGAUGAGCUCAACGAAACAGGAGUUGGCAGACCAACAGAGACCAUAUCUGGUGAAGUCAAUCCAUGGGACAGCGCAGUUCGCCAAACCAUUAUGGAUAAUGGUCACUAUAUCACUCCAAUUGAACAGCACGAUUAUACUACUUCAUGCACGAAAGUUCAAAAAAAUAAAGUUAUGGUUCUUGGAGGUGAACGGUUCCAAGUUUUGGACAUGGUUGGUGAAGGAGGUUUCGCCAAGGUUUUCCGAUGUGUUAACGAAGAAAAACAAACAUUAGCAAUGAAGUAUGAAGUUCCUUCAUGUUCAUGGGAAGUUUACAUUUGUGAGCAGGUGAAUAGGCGAUUGAGACAAAAUGGAGGACCUUUUGCUAGAGAUGUUGAGGAAUAUUCCACAAUGAAGAUCACAGAUGCUUACAUCUUUUCUAAUGCAUCCGUCCUACUCAAUGAAUUCCAUUCCUAUGGAACGCUGCUGGACUUAACUAACAAAAUGAAAGAUCCUAGUUGGAUGAUCAUUCUACUAAUAUCUAUUAAUAUUGCUAGAAUUCUCCGCGAAGUACACAACGUCGAAAUCAUUCAUGGAGAUGCUAAACCCGAUAAUUUCAUGAUUCUUGGCCCAUUACCAGACAUGGACAACGUGGAUGAUAUAUUGCAACACAGUAUGCUAAAGCUGAUCGAUUGGGGUCGCGCUAUAGAUAUGAAGUACAUGAACGGAACUACUUUCGUUGGUAGAGGAGGUACUGAUAAGUUUGAUUGUCCUGAAAUGCUGGAUGGACGACCCUGGACUUAUCAAACAGAUUUCUUCAAUUUUGUGUCAACUGUUAGUGUUGUCGCUCUCGGAAAGUACGUCGGUGUAAGGAAAGGACGAUCAGGUCGUUAUGAAAUGCAGGAAACUAUGAAGAGGAGGUUGAUCAUUCGAGAUUUGAUGACCGAGAUUUUCGAUCGUUUCAUCAAUAUCCGUGCGUGUGACAAGUUACCAAAUUGGGAUUCAGAAAUAGAACUAAUGACUACCAUGUUCCGCAAACAAUUCAAUAUUAUUGAAUGGAGAAACAGUUGUACUAAAUUCAAUCAAUCUUUACCAUCCCCGUAA